CAAAAUCCAAAUACGAACGAACUCCCAAAACCCAACUUUCCAUCUGUCUUCUUUAUUUGUUCGAUGAUCCGAAGUUAUAAUGGGUCGGGUCGCCGGAUUCUUACGUUCCCGGCCGUGCAUCCCUGCGAUGGUAUAGACCUAACAACACUGCUUUCCUCAUUAACCAAUCUAGCACUCGACAUUUGCGAGUACAAGUCCAAAUCGUUCUCUACCAAUGCACGAAACGCGCGUGAAAUGUUUCGCCAAGUCAGCAACGUUCUCGUCUUCCUGGAGGAAAUCCGGAUCGCUUUUGGUUUCAAUAUAUCAGAAUCGAUCGUUCUCAGCUUGUCGGAAAUCCAUUUGACGUUACAGAAGGUUCGUUUCUUACUGGAAGAUUGCACCAAGGAAGGUGCUCGUUUAUGGAUGUUAAUGAAAUCGGAGCGAGUGGCGAACCAAUUUUGGGUACUUAUACGGUCCAUCGCUGCGGGUCUGGAUGUGUUGCCAUUUGAGUCGCUUGAUUUACCUGGAGAAGUAAAGGAGUUGAUAGAGUUAGUAGCAAAGCAAGCGCGCAAAUCAGGAUUUGAAGUUGACCCGGAUGAUAAACGGGUAACGAAUGAUGUAUUCUUGAUCUUGAAUCAGUUCGAAAACGGUCUCGUUCCUGACAAGAACGACAUAAAACGGGUUCUGGAUUACAUUGGGGUCGAAAAAUGGAGUGAUUGCGAUAAAGAGGUCAAGUUCUUGGAUUCAGAGAUUGAAUUCGAGUAUUCAAAUCCAGAGAAGAGAAGAGAAUUGGAGUUCUUAAGUAGUUUAAUGGGUUUCAUGUGCUAUGCAAGAUGUUUAUUUUUCAAUUCCAUCGAUUCCAAAAUAACCCUACAAAGUCAAGAUAGUAAAUGCAGCGGCGAAUUACUUAACUACCUCAACAGUGAUGAUUUGAAAUGCCCAAUAUCGCUUGAGAUCAUGAAAGAUCCAGUCACGAUAGAGACAGGGCAUACUUAUGAUCGAUCUUCAAUAUUGAAGUGGUUCAGGUCAGGAAACCAUACAUGUCCUAAAACAGGUAAGAGACUUGAAACCGUAGAGUUAACCCCUAAUUUAUUGCUUAAAGGGCUGAUUCAAACUUAUUGUAUCCAAAAUGGGAUCCAAUCUGUUGAAUCUAAUCGCAAGAACCGUGACAUUACAAGAACGGUUCUUGCAGGAAGUCUUGCAGCACAAGAAGCUAUGAAAAUGGUAGCUAAGAUUCUUGCUGAUAGGCUCGAAAAUGGAGAUAGUAAAGAGAAGAGUAAAGCAUGUUAUGAGAUUCGGCUUCUUAGUAAAGCAAGCAUUUUUAAUAGGUCUUGCUUGGUUGAAACUGGUGUGAUCUCAUCUUUAUUGAAGUUGUUAUUGUCUGAAGAUUGUUUGUGUCAAGAAAAUGCUAUGGCAGGUUUAUUGAAUCUUUCAAAGCAUCCGAAAAGUAAAGCUUUGAUUGUUGAGACUGAGGGAUUAGAGUUGAUUGUAUAUGUUUUAAAGAAAGGGUUAGGUAUGGAUUCUAGGCAACAUGCUGCUGCUACAUUGUUUUAUCUUGCUUCGAUAGAGGAGUAUAGGAAAUUAAUUGGGGAGAGUACUGAAGCUAUACCGGCUUUAGUACAGUUAAUCAGUGAAGGAAAUGAUCGCGCUAAAAAGAAUGCAUUGGUUGCUAUUUAUGGAUUGCUUACACAUUCUGAGAAUCAUCUUAGGGUUAUUGCAGCUGGAGCAGUUCCUUUGCUUCUUACUCUUUUGAAAUGUUGUGAAAGAGAAGUGCUGGUUACGGAUUCUUUAGCAGUUUUAGCUAGUCUAGCAGAGAAAACUGAUGGGGCUAAAGCCAUUCUGCAAUCUGGUGCCUUACCUCAAAUUUUGAAGAUUUUGGAUUCCUCAACUUCAAGGGCAACAAAAGAGCAAUGUGUGAGUUUGUUGCUUGCUUCAUCCAUCAACGGUGGUGCUGAUGUGGUUGCUUUUUUGGUCAAGAGCUCUUCUGUUAUGAGAUCAUUAUAUUUUCAAUUGAGUGAAGGCACUUCUCGAGCAAGCAAGAAAGCAAGUUCCCUCAUUAGGAUUCUCCAGGAAUUCUAUGAGAGGAGCUCCUCUAGCUCAAGAAAACCAGUUCUCCCUCGAGAACAAUUUAUUCAUGUGUGGUAACCCAAAUUUUUCAGGGCAUUCCACGCAUUAUUCCUUUUUUGUUUUUUUCUUGCAGGAAUCUCUCUCCACGUAAAUACACAUAAUUGUGGGUAGAUGACUUCUUGCUUGCUUUUGUGUUUGGUUUUAGGAUGUUAGCUCAGUUUUUUCAAGAGCUAAUAUUUUCAUUGGCUUCCGUUUUUUAUUAUGAAGCUUUGUACAAACAUAUGAUCCUUUUUUUUUUUUAAUUUCCUGAUUCGUAACAAUAAAUACUGUAUUACUUUGUUGUAAAAAUCAUUCAUCAGAAGAUGCAAUAAAAAUGCGAUGUUAUCUUCCA